UAUAACCCCCCACAAAGAAACCGCCCAAAUCCCAGAGAAAAGCCCUAAAAAUCCUUUUCUCGCACAAACUCAAACCCUUUUUUUUUUCUCUCUUCGUCGGCGACAAUGGCGUCUGAGCAAAUGACGGAGUACGAACGUAAGAGACUUGAGAAUAUCAAGCGCAACAGUGAAAUGAUGUCUUCUCUCAAAAUUCACUCUCAUAUUUCCGACCUCUCUUCCUCCACCAAACGCAUCAGAGAGGAGAAGUCAUACAAGCAGAGCUCAGAGAAGAAGAAACCCAAGCCUGAAGAGCCAAUUGUGAUUCGGCGUUCCCUUCGUUCUCAAGGACUGCCUCCUGAUUCCUCUGGCCUACCUCAAGACUUCAAUGAGUUGCAUAAUAAGCUCUCUAAAUCGAAUUCUAUAGAAUUGACCUCGUCGCCUGAAAGACAUUCUUGGCCUCUGGAGGAUCUUAGUUUGGAACAAACCUAUAUGGGGGAAGGUUCACACCUGGCACUCUUAGAAAAACUUGCUAGGCUUACAAGAAAGACAGAAUCAGAUGUUGAGAAUACUACCAUAAAGUCUGAAAGUGUAAAGUUGGAAGAACCUAUCGAUCCAUGCUUGUUGAAGUUGGAAUAUGACAACGUAGCAUGUAUUGUGCCUGAUGGUCAUAUAAACUCUCCCACAAAGUUCGAAAGAGUAAAAUUAGAAAAGCCUAUUGAUCCACGCUCGUUGAAAUUGGAAUAUGACAAUGUAGCACGUCUUAUGCAUGGGAGGAUUUUUUCUGUUCGGUUCUUUCCUACAACAGAGAUGACGAUGGUUGUUGCAGGGAAUAAAUAUGGUCAUUUGGCAUUUUGGGAUGUUAAACCACUAAGCGGGGAGGAGGAAGAUGUGAUCCAUCUUUAUCAGCCACAUUCUGCUCCUAUUUCUGGAAUUUCUGUGCAUCCUUUUGCCCUAUCAAAGGUGUACUCUAGCUGCUAUGAUGGGAUUCUGCGGAUGAUAGACAUUGAGAGGGAGAAGUUUGAACUUCUAUGCACGAGCACAUCUGGGUCUUCUUUCUUUUCUCUUGCCCAACAGCCAAAUGUUGUGAACUCUCUAUAUUUUGGUGACGGUUCUGGAGGUCUGACAAUGUUUGAUCAAAGAAUGGGGGAUAUCUCAGAAACUUGGGCUUUACAUGAGGGAAGGAUAAAUUCCAUUGACUUUAACCCAGCAAACACCAACAUUAUGACAACUAGUUCUACAGAUGGUUUUGCCUGCGUAUGGGACCUUAGAAACAUGAAUGUUAAAGUAAAUGGUAGUAAUCCUCAAUGCAGAGCUCUGUCUAGUGUCAAGCAUUCACGAGCUGUGAAUUCCUCUUACUUCUCUCCAUCUGGUAGUUGCCUGGCGACAACAAGUUUGGAUGACAAUAUUGGUGUGCUUUGCGGUGCUAACUUUGAGGACAGUUUCAUGGUCCCCCAUGAUAAUCGGACAAAUAGAUGGAUCUCUUCUUUCAGAGGUGUAUGGGGUUGGGAUGAUACCCAUAUUUAUAUUGGACACAUGAAGAGAAGAGUUGAUGUGGUGUCAGUGACGAAGAAAAAGAGGGUACGUACAUUAGAAAGCCCUCAUAUGACUGCCAUUCCGUGUCGGUACGAUGCUCAUCCUUACAAUGUUGGGAUGCUGGCUGGUGCUACAAGUGGCGGUCAGGUCUACAUAUGGACAGUAUCUUCAUGAUGAACAAUGAUCUUGCUGCUCUAGCAUUGUUUGUAUAUGUGUGUAUCUUGGUUGUGAGUUGUGAAUUGUGCGUGUGUUGUGACGACAUGCACAAUGUCUGGUAAAUGUUAACAAUUAAUGGUGGAUAUUUUAUUAUUUUCUUCAAUUUAAGGAAGGAAAUGGAGUAAUGGACAGUCUUGUUUAUCUAUCUAGAAGAAUAUGUAAAGAAAUGUUAGUAGUAAUUUCACUAAGCAGCACUAUAAAGCGGGACAUUCUGUUGAAGGCUGCUUGGCUAUCAUGCUCUUCAUGUACUUGGAAAUAGAUGCAUAAUCGAUUGUCUCCAGAAUCCCUUGAGUUUGGUGCACUAUAAAGUAUUUCUCGAGCAAAAGAAGCCAUAAUGAAUCAAUGAGGAGUUUAAAGAUAGCUUUAGUGCCUUGGUACAUAGUGGACAUUACUAUUUACUGUCUGUAUUUACUAACUUUACGUUCUAAAAGAUAUAUGAAAUAUCAAAUACACUAUAACUUUGUUUCUUGGAUGUGAAGUCGGAUGUGUAACAAAUCCAUCUAAGUGGGUUGAUAGCAAUAAAGCACCAUAUAGACGCCGUUUAGUACUUGUGUAGUUUGAAAACAUACCUUAUCAGUUUAUGAUUUUCACUUUAUUAGUUUAUCA